AUGAAAAAUGUAAUUGAAAAUUUUGUAUUAUAUAUUUUUUGUUUUAUACAUCUUACUAAUUAUAUAUAUUAUACAUACAAGAUUGAUAAUAUAAUAAUUAAAGAAACAAAAUUCAGUAAUAUUUUAGGAAAUACAAUUAAAAAAGUAAAUAAAUACUAUAAAGAAAGCCAUCAAAACUAUGAUGUAUGUAAAUAUAAAAAGAUACCAAAAAUUUUAAUAGAAAAAAAUAAAUUUAAAGAUAAAAAAAUAAAAUACAUAGUAGGAAUAGAAAAUACUUGUGAUGAUACAUGUGUAUGUGUAAUUGAUUCAAAUCUUAAUAUUAUAAUAAAUGUUAUAAUAUCUCAUUUUAAAAUAGUUCAUAAAUAUGAAGGGGUAUAUCCAUUUUUUAUUAGUUCUAUAAAUAAUCUGUUUUUAAAACAUUAUGUAGAUAAAAUUUUAAAUAAUAUUAAUAAGAAGAAAAUUAAUUGUUAUGGUCUAAGUGUUUGUCCAGGAAUAGCAAAAAAUAUGGAAGCAGCAAAAAAUUAUAUAGAAGAAAUAAAGAAAAACAAUAAGAUUGUAAAAAUAAGUUCAGUAAAUCAUAUAUUUGCACAUGUUCUUUCUCCAUUAUUUUUUCCUUUUUACACAGAUGUGAAUACUUAUACAAAUAGAUAUGAGUACAAAGAAAAAAAUUUAAAUAAAAUUGAAAAUGAAAAUUUUAUUAAUAUUAAUAUGUCUGAAAUUAUAAAAAAUGAUAAAAACAAAGAAAAAGUUAAGGAAAUUUUAGAAGUUUUAAAUAAAAAUAUUGUAACUAAACAAAAAUCAAAUAAUUUGAAUGAACAAGAAUUUUUAAAUUAUGCAUCUUAUAUUCUCAAAAAAGAAAAAAAGGAAGAUAAGGAAAACAUUAGUGAAAAAAAUGAAGAUAAGGAAAAUAUUAAUGAAAAAAAGGAAGAUAAGGAAAAUAUUAGUGAAAAAAAGGAAAAUGAAAAUUUAAAUAAAUUUUUAACUGGAUAUCUAAAAGAUGGAUAUAUUUGUGUUUUGGUUUCAGGGGGUAGUACAGAAGUCUACAUAGUUAAAAAAAAUAUAAAAAAUGAUAUUUGCAUAAGUAAAAUUUCAAAGACUGUUGAUAUGUCUGUUGGAGAUAUAAUUGACAAAAUAGCUCGAGAUCUUGAAUUACCUGUAGGUUUAGGAGGAGGUCCUUUUCUUGAAAUGAAAGCAAAAGAGUUCAUUGAAAAAUUAAAAAGGAAAAAAAUGAAUGAAGAAAUUUGUGAUGAUCCUUUUCAACCAUUUCCAACUCCUUUUUCGCCUAAUAAUAUAAUAAAUUUUUCAUUUUCUGGAAUUUUUAAUCAUUUAAGUAAAAUUAUAAAAAAAUUAAAGAAGGAAAAAUCAUUUGAAAUAGAAAAAGAUAGAUAUGCUUACUAUUGUCAAAAGAAUAUUUUUAGUCAUAUAUUAAAACAGCUGAAUAAAAUUAUGUAUUUCUCUGAACUUCAUUUCAAUAUAAAAAAUUUAUGCAUAGUAGGAGGCGUUGGUUGCAACAACUUUUUAUAUCAGAGUUUAAAAAAUUUAGCUUUGAGGAGAGAUAAUAAAGAAUAUCAGAUAAAAGAAUACAAUAAGUUAAAAAAAAGAUUAAAAAAAAAAAUAAAAAAAAUUGGUGAAGAAAAAUUUGAAGUAUUUAAUAUAUCAGAACAUAACCAAGAAAAAGAAAAUGAAUUAAAUUCUUCUUUAGUAUGGAAGAUUUAUUUAAAUUAUCUAUUAAAAAAAAAAAGUAAAGAUGAUAUUUUAUCAUACUUAAAGUCAUUUAAUUUUGAAGAUUUUAUGAAACUAAAAAAUAAUGGAUAUUUUCUUUUAGAAGACUCUACUUUUUUAAAUAAUUCAAAUCCUUGGAAGAUAUAUAAAACACCAUUAAAUCUUAGUAGGGAUAACGCAGCUAUGAUUUGUUUUAACACAUUUUUAAAUUUGCACAAUAAGAUCAAUAUACAUCAGGAUACGUCUGAAAUUAAAAUUAAACCAACAGUUACAACUAAAUUAGAAAAUAAUUUUCUUCUUUUAUCGGAUAUUAUAAUUUUUGAUGUGUACGUAGAAUAUUUUGAUAAUAAAAAAAUAUAG